AUGUCUUGUUUGGACUGUUCCUGUAUUCUCCGUACACCAGUUGAACCAAUCGGACCAGAAGAGCUAUCUCAGAGCAGCGUCCAUGAAUGCCCGGCUGAUUCUGAUCUAGCCUGGAUUCCCCCAUCUAUAGGAAGGAAUGAAAUGGUAUUUUGCUCUUCUAAUGUCUCUCACUAUGAACUCCAGCUGGAAAUAGGAAGGAGGUUCAACAACUUAACUUCAGUCUACCUUGCACGGCAUACACCUACAGGCAUGCAAGUUGCCGUAAGGAUCACAGACCUAGAAAACUGCUCUGAAGAGCAUUUGAAAGCCUUACAGAAUGAGGUGGUUUUAUCCCACUUUUUCCAGCACCCCAACGUAAUGACGCUUUGGACAGUGUUUACAGCUGGUAGUUGGCUUUGGGUCAUCUCCCCAUUCAUGGCCUAUGGUUCGGCUAGACACCUGCUGAAGACUUACUUUCCUGAAGGAAUGAGUGAAGCUUUGAUAGGGAACAUUCUAUUUGGUGCAAUCAGAGGAUUAAAUUACAUGCACCAGAACGGCUACAUUCACAGGAAUAUUAAAGCUAGCCACAUUCUGAUUUCAGGGGAUGGGCUGGUUUCUCUCUCUGGCUUAAACAACCUCUACAGUUUAGUCAACAAUGGACAAAAGUCAAAGGUGGUAUAUGAUUUCCCCCAAUUUAGUACAUCUGUGCUUCCUUGGCUGAGUCCUGAACUACUGAGACAGGAUUUGUCUGGGUAUAACAUGAAGUCUGACAUUUACAGUGUGGGAAUUACAGCAUGUGAAUUAGCCAAUGGACAUGUUCCUUUUCAAGAUAUGCCUCGCACUCAGAUGCUGCUGCAAAAGCUGAAGGGUCCCACAUAUUAUCCUUGGGAUAUAAAUACCUUUCCCCGUGGGGAAUCCAGGAUGAAGAAUUCCCGAUCAGGUGUUGAUUCUGGAAUUGGUGAGAGCAUGACACGCACAAUGACCAGCGAAAAACUACAAAUUCCCUUUUCCAAAACGUUUUCACCUGCUUUCCACAACUUGGUAGAACUUUGCUUGCAACAGGACCCUGAGAAAAGGCCAUCAGCAAGCAGUUUGCUUUCGCAUACGUUCUUCAAACAGAUAAAAGAACAAACACAGAAUUCACUACUGUCUCUAUUACCACCUCCUAUUCAAAAUAACAGAUCAGAGUUCUUGGCACUGCCCUCAACAGCAGUUGGGACUGAACUUGGACAUGUUACUGCAAAUCAAGAUGAUACAGACUGGGAAUUCUAAAUAAAUACCAAACAAUCAUACCUCUCCUGUGCUUCAAAGAAGGAAAAUGUGAUUUGUAUUUGCUGCUUUAGUUUGUAUGGUUAAAAUACAAUUAGACAAGGUAUUACUUGAAAAUGCCAUUGAAGUGGCCAUCUUUCGUUAACUACUUCCUAUGUUGGCAUCAUGAAGUGCAGUGUGCCUCACUUUCUGACCGUAAGGAAGACUGUAUAUAAAGAAUGGCUGAAUGCUUAUCUCCCUAUUUCAAAAUAUUUCUUAACAAGAGAGUUCCUGCUGUAAUGUUACUCUAUACUGUGUUUUCAGCAGUCCACGUGCCUUUCUGAAUUCAGGCUUGGGUUUUGUCUAUGACCUUACUUACACAAUCUAUUUGUCUUUUCCUUAUCACCCAAAUUAUUUUAGUAAGAAGAAAUCCUCCAUUUCCAAGUCUAAAUUUGAAACUGCACAAAUUAGUUGCUUAUGCAAAUAAAUGUUUCUCU